AUGGUGGAGAUCCUCCAAGGCCCAGAGAAUUGGCAUAACUGGAUCAAGUCCAUGUCCUGGGUUGGUUAUACUAUCUGGGAUUUGGUUGAUCCCUCCAAAGAGCAGAAGUCAACGCCGUUGCCGCCGCCAGCAAUUCCAACCUACAAGGAUGUCAAUUCCGGGGCAGUAGACACAAAUGAUCUAACUGUAACCGAAAUACUCAGGCUAAACGUGUUACAUGCCGAGUACUUGGUUAAACUUGAGAGAUAUGAGGACCAGCAGGAAGACCUUGCCACGUUGAGACGGGAAAUUGCCAACAGUGUCGGAGGGUAUGGGUACUUGAUUGCUGGCGAAUAUGAUCUCGCCAAUCAACUAGCCAUACUUAGCAACAAACUGAAACCUAGUGACGAGGCGUAUAGGCAAAUGAUAUCGGACCGAUAUUACGCUGCUUUGAGGGCACCGGUCAAGUCAACCCUGUGGGAUUGGUACCUCCAAUGGCUCAUAGCCUAUAAGACGGCUAAGGGCCUGGGUCUCCCCAAUACAAACGAUCUUUGUGCUACUCGCCUCGUCUUACGGGCCUUGGCGUCCAUCUACUCGACACUCUCCGACGACUAUGAAAUCCUGAUGGAAGACUUGGCCCAGUCGGACGAGCCUGGCUGGUACAAAGGCCUGCCUGAACCCCUUAUUAUUUGUAAGACCCUCGCAAGCCGGGGCGACUGCAAAAUAUUUAGGAAAAUCAAUCGCUCUGCAAACGUCCUAUAUGAGUCACAGAGGGCUGGGCCCCGCCCCCCUCGAAAGGCCCUGAUUCUUCAACAGCGCCGUAAGCCUUCUGAACGCACUGAGUUCGACGAACUGGCUUAUCGUAAUGAAGUUGCGAAGCUAUAUGAUUAUCACCUGUCGCUAGGCAUCGACGGGCAUAAGCUGGACGACUAUCUCAAGAGCUGGCGAAAAAUGAUUACAGAAGCUCGGCGCCUUGGCUAUCCACCAAUAUCAAACCAUUCGUUGGUUUUCUAUUUUCUAGAAAAGGUGUCCCCAAUUUAUAGGGAAUUUGCUUGUUAUUGGAAGAAUAAGAAGUUCGACAAAAAGACCGAGGAAGGACCAGAGGAUUCGCCUGAUCCUAUUGCGCUUAGUGAGAUGUUUGAGCGAUGUUUCAAGAGAAAAGUGCUUGGUCAAAUCGAUACUCUCUUUGGAUUUGGCCCAAGAUCAUAUGACUUCAAGCUAUACCAACCACGGGGAGGCAAGAAGUCGAAGCCUCCCAAACCAGUCAAGGCGGCUAAACCAACUGGCUCGCCCAAGUCACCUUGCCUUUGCGGCAUGCAGCACUUCUACACGCAAUGUUUUUACUUAGUCGACGAAAUAAGGCCUAUCCACUGGAUGCCGUACACCGAUGUGGCAUCUAAGGUGUUUAAGCAAUUGAAAAAUCCCUAUAUAAGGGCCAAGGUAGUCAAGGUCAUGGAGAAGAGGGGGGUAACAAUGAACAAGGUACCUCUUGAGGCUGCUCCAGGGCUGCGGAUAAUUCAAUCUGAUUGCAGUCAGAGUACAAAUAAGCUCAAUCCAAUUCAAUCAGAGAUACUCAAUUAA